UGGGGCCGGACUUCCUCCUCAGGGUGUUUGACAGGGACUGACGCACUCUAGGCCCUUUGACUGCGGGAAGUCCAGGACACACCCAGCCUUGAUUGUACUUUCUUGAACGCUGAACGCCGGAGCGUAGGUAAAAGGACAGAAGGAAAAACAUUCCAACAUGAGGGACCCGCUAACAGAUUGCUCGUAUAAUAAAGUGUACAAGAACCUAAAGGAGUUUUCUCAAAAUGGAGAGAAUUUCUGCAAGCAGGUCACAUCCAUUCUUCAGCAAAGGGCAAACUUGGAGAUUAACUAUGCCAAAGGACUUCAGAAACUGGUAAUCAAGUUAAGCAAAACAUUACAGAGCACGAAAAAAAACUGUCUCGUCAGUGCCUGGACCUGGGUCUCAGAGGGCAUGAAAUCAGCGGCGGACCUGCAUCAAAAACUUGGCAAAGCAAUUGAGUUGGAAGCAAUAAAACCAACUCAUCAAGUCCUGAGUGUACAUGAAAAGAAGAGAAAAUCACUUGAUAAUGAAGUUGAAAAGGCAGCAAAUCUUGUCAUUGGCAACUGGAAUCAACAAAUCAAGGCCAAGAAGAAAUUAAUGGUUAGUACCAAGAAGCAUGAGGCACUUUCCCAUCUUGUAGAAAGCUCCAAGCAAACUGUGACGAAGAAGGAGAAGCAGAAGCUCCUCAGUAAACUGAAAAAAUCGACGGAGAAGUUGGCAAAAGAAGAUGAAAACUACUACCAAAAAAACCUGGCUGGCUGUGCUACCAGACUCAAGUGGGAAAACACACUGGAAAGUUGCUACCAGAGCAUCCUGGAGCUGGAGAAGGAAAGAAUUAAGCUUUUAUACAAUAACUUGAACCAGUACACCCAACAUAUUUCUGUUUUUGGCCAAACCCUGACCACAUGCCACACGCAAAUUCACUGUGCCGUCAGCAAGAUAGAUGUGGAAAAAGAUACCCAGGCUCUCAUGGAAGAAACUGCAGUUUCAUCCACAGAAAAUAAAUCUGAGUUCCUAUUAACCGAUUACUUUGAAGAAGAUCUUAACAGUGCAAUGAAUAAAGAGCGACAAGAGUCUUCAUUAAAAUCAAAACUGUUGAGACUGCAAAAAGAUAUUGAAAAAGCCUCAAGAGACCAGGAAGGCCUGGAACGCAUGCUGAAAUCCUACUCCAGGGACGCCGCCUUCUCAGACCCAGAGAGCCAAAAAAUCACGGCAGCCUUGAUGGACGAGACCCGUUUGAAACUAGACCUUUUGCAAGCAAAUGCCUACAAACUGUCAUCGGUGUUAGCAGAACUUGAGCAAAGACCUCAACCCAGCCAUCCCUGUAGUAACUCCAUCUUCAAGUGGAAAGAGAAGCAACAGACACAUAGUUAUGUAAAAAUAUCUCGGCCUUUUCUGAUGAAGAGAUUAGAGAAUGUGGUGAGCAGGACAUGUCCUGGUGGGCAGAGAAUCCCAAUUUCCUCAUCUACAGCCUCCGGUGUGGCCCAGCUCAGCAGCGGUCUUUGCAAGGCUCAAUAUUCUUUUCAAGCCAGACAAGAGGAUGAAUUAAAUUUGGAAAAAGGUGACAUUGUGACUAUAUACAGGAAACAAGAAGAAGGAUGGUGGUUUGGUUCUCUGAAUGGAAAAAGGGGCCAUUUUCCUGCCGCUUACGUGGAGGAGCUCCCUUGAAACACUGGGAACCCCGCUACCCAGGCAUAAGACAAGAUUCUGAACACACCGCCUUCCUCUGUCAGCCGUCCAGGGCCGUGCAAUAAAGACAAAUGCUGUCGUCUUUACAAACGGAGAACG